UGUACUUACUCCAAAAACAUGGCCGCGAAGCCCAUUUUGUAUUCCUAUUUCCGAAGCUCAGCCUCCUGGAGGGUGCGAAUAGUGCUAGCCCUUAAAGGCAUAGACUAUGAGUACCGGGCCGUCAACCUGGUUAAAGAUGGAGGCCACCAGAAGAAGGAUGAGUUUACAGCACUGAAUCCAAUGGGCCAGGUGCCUGUGUUAGUCGUCGGGGAUGUAGCCAUUUCCCAAUCGCUGGCGAUAAUUGACUACCUGGAAGAUGUUUACCCGAACAACCCAAUCACUCCUCGCGAUCCAAUCAAGAAGGCUCAGGCGCGAGCUCUGGCUGAGGUUAUAGCUGCUGGGACCCAGCCCAUUCAGAAUCUCUCUGUGUUACGUAAAGUGUCUGAUAAGCCUGAGGGGCAGGCGGAAUGGGCUAACUUCUGGAUUGACAGAGGAUUUGGGGCGUAUGAAAAGAUGGUGCAAGCCACUGCAGGGAAGUACUCGGUCGGGGACGAAGUGACGAUAGCUGAUGUCUGCCUGGUCCCUCAGCUCUACAAUGCCAAAAGGUUCAAGGUUGAUAUGUCAAAGUUCCCAACUGUUACGCGAAUCAUUAACGCUCUGUCUGAGCUGGACGCAUUCAAGGCAGCAAGCCCAGAAGUACAGCCGGACUGUCCAGAAGAACUCAGGGCUAAAUAGACACUUUCUGGAAAAAGCCUUCAUUACUCCAAAAAAAAUCCGGAGAGGAAAACAACACCUUUUUCUCUUAUAAAAUAAAUAGAUUUCUAAAAAACAAAUGCUUGCUAUCACAUUUUCUGAAAAGACUUUGAAGAGUUUUAAAUAAAGACUUUGACUUGGGACCAAAAAAUGGGUGGAGGGUUUUAUGGCCUUUGGACGUUGAUUCAUUUCAGUGAAAACAAGAGUGAAAUUUCCAGUGUUGAAACAGUGCUAAACAGCUGUAAAUGUAAUAUACUUAACAUGGACAUAGUGCCUUUGCUUUAAGAUUUUAUGCAUCUAUACCGCUAUAAGCAGCACACUUUUAUACGGAUACAUUUUGUUAUUUGUUAUGAUGAUAACAAUAUUCUAUUUAAUAAUAAAAAAAACAUUUAAUAUAUUUUUGUUAAUGCAGAUAUAAAUAAUUUUAUCGGACAGAUUCCACUUCAUCUAUUAUCUUGCUGCCAAAUAUUACCACAUUUAAAACUAAAGCCUAUUUCUUUUUCUGUAAUAUGUUUGAUAUUGAUUUGCAAUAAAAAUUAAGAUAUUUUCCA